GAUCAUGCAGAUAUUGAAUGGAAAUUUGCUCGUACAAAGCUAUGGAUGAGUUACUUUGAAGAAGGGGGGACUUUGCCCACGCCUUUCAAUGUCAUACCAAGUCCAAAGUCUCUGUGGUAUCUAAUCAGAUGGCUAUGGAGACAACUAUGCAGGAAAAAUGUUAAAAAAAAACCUGAAAGCUUUGGAACUAUUGGGAGACGUGCAGCAGAUAAUUUGAGAAGGCAUCAUCAGUAUCAGGAGGUCAUGAGGAAUUUGGUUAAGAGAUAUGUGGCAGCAAUGAUAAGAGAUGCUAAAACUGAAGAGGGAUUAACAGAAGAGAAUUUUAAGGAAUUAAAGCAAGAUAUUUCCAGUUUUCGUUUUGAAGUCUUGGGUCUUUUAAAAGGAAACAAACUGUCUAACUUGCAACACUCCAAAACUAGCACAGAAGGCUCCUCCUUGACAGAAUCCGAUGAAGGAAGUGAAAAUGGAGGAAAUGAAAAAAUCAUGAAGAAAAACCUUAGUCUUUUUGAAAUAACCACAAUGAUUCACCCAAGAGUAGUGGCAAGAGCUUCUGAAGCACACAGCCAGAGCAAUGGGUCAGCAAUGAUGGCAAUCGAGUCCACCAAGGAAAAACAAAAGAAAGUAAACUUUGUGGCUGAUGUAAAGAAGUUUAGGUUAUUUCACAGACAAUCAAAAAACAACUCUACUGAGCAUAGUACAAAUAAAAUUUAUUCAAUUUCUGAAGAAAUUUCCCGUCAGCAAGCAGAAGAACACAAGAAAGUAAUUGAACUGGGAGAUAAAUCAUUGGCUGUGAACUCUGAGUUAAACAAACAGGGUUUCAGUGCAAAGUACACAGUUCACAGUGAUCAGCCAGUUAGAAAUGAGACUUUGGACGCUGUGCUGAAUAAGAAAGUUGCUCCCCCUGACAGGAAUUCCACGGUGGUGGUGCAGGACUCAGAUUUUCCCAGAGAAGGUGAUUUGCUAAACAGUAAGCAGGACAUCAGCGUUAUAAAGGAAGAAACGAUUAUUCAGAACAACUAUAUGACAACAAGGUUGUGAUGAAAGCAGGCAGAACCCAUAAAAUUGCAAAAUGCUUUGAAGCAGAAAUAUUUAAACCUAGCUGCAGCAUUAAAAUGU